UUAUUAUUGUUUAGAAGUCGUUAAUAACGAAAUAUGCACAAACAUAUCAAGUAAACCUUAUUGUAUACGUUAUAUUUCACAAUUGGCUACUUUUUACGAAGCUGAUUAUGUAUGUCGUAAUUAUAACAUGACACUGGCCACUGUACCGAGUGAAGAGCAUCAAAUGUUUAUUAUGAAUACUCUGAAACAUGAAACUAGUCAUAGUAAUUUAUCUCAUGCUUACAUUGGACUUUUCAAUUCACAUGACCAUUUAUUGUGGAUAUCUUCUUAUGGUGCAGUACCAUCGACGUUUUGGCAAUUGAAAUUUCAAUAUACUAAAAAGGAAUGUGUUUAUAUCGAUACUAAAAUUGAUGGUUUACAUACAUGGGGGACUAUUUCAUGCACUGAACCAUUACCGUAUAUAUGUUCAACUGAGAUAUCAACUAGAGUUAAAUUAUCAUCUAUCCAGAAAGCCUAUGACAAUAUGCUGUUUUUUAAAUGUCCUGAAGGUUUUAUGUUGGUAUCUGGAAGCUGCUUCAUGGUAAAAGCGAAUAAAAAUGAUACAGUGGACUGGUCAGCUGCUUCUAACUUAUGUCGAAGUUUGGAUGCUGACGCUCAUCUGGCCACUAUAUCAUCAAAUGAACAGCAAGAUGGUUUAACCGUUCUUAUGGAUAAUCAACAAUUUUCUGCAUGGAUCGGUUUACGUUCUGAACAAAAUAUUCAUACAUGGAUUAAUCAACAUGAUGUUGUCUAUACAAAUUGGCGCCUCACAGAACCAAAUGCUAAUGGAUCUAGUUGUGCUAUAAUGCAUCACGAACUAGAUUCAAUUGGUACAUGGAGUAAUGAACUGUGCAACAAGAAAUUCGGUUAUAUUUGUGAGGUUAAACCAUCUAGAACAUCGGAUAAAUCUAACAUGACGCAACUUUUGGGAAUGUUGAAACAUGGUGAUUGUUUAUCUGAUUUUUAUAUGUUUAAUAAUACUUGUUAUUCUGUGAUUGCCCCACGAGAUUCACAACGUAGUAUUGUUGACUUCCAUGAUGAAAUAAGUGGCCAUUGUUUGUUGUCGACACACGCUACUAAUGUGAAUUGUUUGACAAAUCCACAAUCAUUGGGUACCAUCUUUUGUCCAGUUAUAGCAACUCCACAAAGUCCAGUUGAAGCGGCGUUUAUGCGUCUUCUAUCUAGAACUAUUAGCCCUACUAGUAGAAGUAUUUGGGUUGGUUUAAAAAUGAACUAUACACGAGGUUCGAGUCUUCUAAUAUCCGAAGAUAAUUCUUUACAAACAACUGGAACUAAUUUAAUAGAUUUUUCUGGGCUUUUUCAACAUAAGGAUAGUAAAGCAAUUUCACUGAAUAAGGACAAUGAUGAAUCAUAUUUCUAUUGUUUCUCUAUGUCAAUUUAUGAUGGUAAUUUAAUACAGAUGUCUAAUUGUUCAAUGCAUUUAGAAAGCAUUUGUUCAUACAAACUGGGGAAAAAACGAUUGCCUACAAAUAUUAAACAGCAACAGGUGAAUUUACCAUUAUGUCCAAAAGGUUGGAUAUCAUUCAGAGAGAAUUGCUAUUGGUUACCAUCGGUACGCGAUAGAACGAGUUGGUCAAACGCAGAACGUGUCUGUCAAGAAAAGGCCGGUUACCUUGUAAACCACCGAUCAUCAAACAAUGGUCAUUUGGCUUCUGUACAUUCUUCAGAAGAAUUACAAUUUCUAAUUAACAGAUCAUUAUCAUCGUCGUUCUGGAUUGGUUUGAAAGCCUUUUAUUAUGGUAUAAAACCUACGUCAUCGGUGAAUUUAGUAUGGAGUGAUGGUUCAGUUAUGGAUUUCUCUGUAUUUCCUUCAAUCGAUACUUCUGCUACAUUGAGUGAACUAAAAUAUCCUGAAAAUUGUAUCUCAGUCACUGAUAAACAUCACCAUUAUUCAUGGGAUAUUAAUGAUUGUAUGGAGGAAAAAAGUUUUAUUUGCCAAUUUCCUAAACUUGAUCUGUUACUACAACAACAGCAACGGCAAACAACUGUUAUGGAUGAUAGACGAGAAAUCAAAUCACCACUGAUUACUACCACUACUAUUACUACAACUUGUACCGAGAAAUCAUUCCCAAUACGUAGUAAAAUUGGUCCAUAUUGUUAUAGUGAAUUGUUGAGUGAUGCAAUAGAUUGGAGCAAUGCUGAAUCAAUUUGUCGUAAUAUGCACGCUAAUGCACAUCUUGUUUCAAUUCAUUCACAUACUGAGUUAAAUGAAAUUACUGAAAUUAUCCGUCGAAAUUCACAAUCAAUGCGCACUACCUGGAUUGGAUUGUAUGAAUCAAACUUUGCUUACAAAUGGUCUGAUCAAACUGAUAUUAAUUAUAUACCAGUUUCAGCGGACAUCAGUAAAGAGUCGAGACAUUACAUGCAAGAUUGUUUUGCGCUGGAUUCAGUUAAUUCAUCAAUAAACUGGAAAGCUAUGCCAUGUAAUAAAACGUCUUUGAGUUUUAUAUGUAGAUUGAAUUUGAAUCCAUCUACAACGUUGCCAGAUCCAACUACAGUUGAUUCAUUAAUAUACCCAACAUGUCCUCCUGGUUUCCGAUCUCAUCGUGACCGUUGUUUCCAAUUGAUUACAGACAAAUUUACCUGGAGUGAAGCCAAUGACAAUUGUCACCAGAUUGUGAAACCAUACACAAAUUUUAAUGGAUCGUUAGCCCGUAUCGACAACGAACUUGACCAGCAGUUUCUAGCUAGUCUCCUAGAUAAUCUUGAACCUGAAAAAUCAUCUGCAGUAUGGAUUGGUUUGUACCGUAAUUUAUCACAUAAUUCCCACAGUUACGAUUGGGCAGAUGGUAAAAAACCUCAAUUCAUCAAACCAAUUAUAAGAGAUCAUCAGCUUUCUUUGUAUAGUCAUACUUUCGUUUCACGAACAACUAUUUCGAUUAAGUUGAAAUCAAUGAGUCUAUGCACGUCGAUGUUUCGUUCAACUGAUCCUAGAUUGAAUGGAAUUUGGCUUCAAUGGUCUUGUGAUGAACCAAUUUAUUUAAGUAGUGUAUGUCAGGCGUCACCAAUUAAUCAAAAUAGACAUGUAAAUCAAAUGUUGCUUCCUCCGUAUCGAACAGAGAUAUUUUAUUGUCCAUCAGGUUUCCAGUUGGGUACAACUGGUCUGUUGAAAGUUAAAGGUCAAUCAUCGGCAAAACUUUCCCAACCUAUGUGUUAUCGUGUGUUCAAUCAUGUCGCCAAAAUGAAUUGGGCUUCAGCAAAUAUGGCUUGCAAAAACUUAAGCACUCCAACAUACAACGUCAGUUUGCUGACAGUUGCAUCAGUGUUUGAAGCUAGUUUCCUACGUGUAUGGCUUAAUCAACCACGUGAUGCCAGUGGUGGUGGACUGCCAAUUAGUGAAUCAGUUUGGACAGCUUUGAAAGUACCAACUACUUGCCCUGGUUGCUACGCAAAUUGGACAUGGGAAACCUAUGAUAAUGAACCAGUGAGAUAUACAGAUUGGUAUAAACCACCGGGUGAAAAUCCCGGUGGUUGUUAUCUGUUUCAUCAAGCGCCAUACACUGCACUUGAAAAUAACAGAAUUGAUUCAGGUGUAGGCAGUAUUCAAUUGGCAAGUUCAUGUGAAACACAUCAAUUUGUUGCUUGUCAGACAUUAGCUUUGAUGAAUGAUACAUCAUCAAAACUAUUAUCUUAUCAUCGUAAUACACCAAAUGUCAAUGUGCCUUCUACUCUACAUCAUCAACCAGUAAGACCUGAUUGUUUUAACCCUAAGAUAACAAUGAGUAAAUUUGAGCAUAAUAUUAUAUAUGAAACAAAAAUUAUGCAGUCUGUUACCGGAAGACAAUGUCUUAGAUGGGAUUUAAUUGAUCAUAAUUUCACUGAUGUGUCAUUAGAUUUCAAUUUUAUACGAAAUCAUUUACUCGCUGCUGAAAUGGUUCAUGGUGGCAGUAAUACUUAUUCAUAUGCUGAAAAUUAUUGUUCACUUAUACACGAUGGAAAAACGCGAUCAACCAAAUUCGGUUGUUACAUCAGUAUAAAUCCACCAAUGUUUGAGAAUUGUUCUCUAAUUCAGUGCUUAUAUUCGGUUCCUACAGUUGGACAAUCUAUUCAUUGGUCUAGUGGAAUCAUGCUAUUUAUAUUUAUUACUAUAUGUUGCAUAUUCAGUGUCUACCUGUUUCGACGUAUCGGUAUUCAUAAAUGUAUUAAAAUUCGACGACGUUAUAAACCAUUUGAUAGAUAUCGUACAUCACGUAAACGUAAAACAACAUUAUAUUUUGGCAGUACAACCAGUACCACCGAUAUCGUGAACAAUAAUUAUAAUAAUAUCAACGAAGCCGAAUCGUCAUUGACAACUGAUGACAUUCCUGAUAGUUUUCUGUCAUCUGAGCCGUCAAUUAUACGAACUGAUGUUCAUAAUAAUGAUAAUCUCAUUUCAUUGCAAACUAGUGGACCAAGAAAGUUGAAUAGUAGUAAUGGUAAUAAUAUGGUUCAUUCAACUAAAUCAAAUGAUAAAUUCACACUGUCAGCUUUAAACCUAAGUCGUACCGCUGCUUCAAUUGGUUUUAUGAAUCCUAUUUAUGUACCAUUGAACGAUAAAUAUGCAGAAGAUAAUUAUGAUCCGGAGCCCAUAAAUUAAUUCAUCAUUCAUACCUUUUCUUGGUUGUUUAUCUCUAAUAAAAUCAUACAAAUAAACACACAUAUAUCUGUGUAUUUUUCGUGUCCAUAUCACAGUUUCAGUCUUUCGGUUGUUGAACAAAGUAAUUGUUAAAAAAAUUUCUUGAUGGUACAUAGUAAGUUACUCGAUAACAUCACUUAUUUGUUCACGUUACCAUACAGUAAUCAUCAUCAACAUACACUGUUCAUGUUUUAUUGCGCUUAUUCUGUUGUUUUUGUGCCUUUUUGUGAAUGAAUAUGUCGAUAUGAAAAUGUGAACGACUUUAUUAUUAUUAAUGUGUAGAAGGCUCGUUGUUUUUUUUUUCAUUUCCAUUGUAAUCAGAUCUGCACAUUCCUUUCCUGAUUUCCUGAAAAGCUUUUUUCUCAGUUUCGUUAUCCUCCCCACUCAUUUCUCCUUUUUUGGACGUGUGUAUUUUCUUGCCUGUCAAGGCGAAACUAUUGCUAUCGUUUUUCUUGUCCCUUUUAUCCUGCUGACUCAGUCAGCUUUUUUCUGUUAUAUAUAUAGUGUGAUAUAAUAAGUAUGCGCCCUUGCUCACUCACUCAGAUAUGUGAGUAGAACAGUUUCCCUCACAGAAAUCAUGUAUUCCUUUUUCAUAUUAUUGUUUCCCACCACCAAUCGUCCCUUCUGUUUAAUUUAUUUGGCUGUGCUACAUACCAUUAGAUAAGUAAUAUAUUUUUGUUGAACUACGAAAAUUAUUGUAUUUACU